AACUUUGUUGCUUUGCUGUCACUUUUAGUGGUCUUCUUGUGGGACUGGGAAUGCCUUCGUUACUCUGUUUCGGUUAUUAAUUGCACUAUUUCGUAAUUUCUAAUUUAUCCUUGCGCUGUACUGCUCUCGCAAAAUAACAAAGUUCACCUUAUUUAUGUUAGGGAUUACUUGAUUCCGUUUCUGAUUUGAUGAAGAGUCUCGACCCAAAACGUCGCCUGUUUUCUUCCCUCCAUAGAUGCUGCCUGAUCUGCUGAGUUCCUCCAGCAUUUUGUGUGUGUCGCUCUCGAUUUCCAGCUUUUGCAGAACCUCUAUGUCUCCAAUUUAAAUUUUGGGACUCUUUCGGCUGCAACCUGUUUCCACAGAACACGUCCCAUUUAAGCUUUGUUCUUGCUGAGACAUUUCAGCCCGCGCAAAGGGACUCAAGUUUGAACUCUGCACUUGAAACCCUGUCAAUAGGCACUGCCAUCAGCUCCUCAGACCCAUGAAGGCUGGAAAUGCAGAGUGAAUUCAAGAGAACUGUGAACUAGUCUCAUGAAAGAGACUUGAGACUAGUCUCAAGUUCAAUAAUAUAGGAGAAAUAGACAUAGUUGUACUUCCUAAGGAGGGUGAGAUCAAAAUGGCCUGCAGUAUAAUUUGUGCCCUUGUAUCACAGUCUCAAAAUAAGGUGCAGGUGGGUCAGCCUGGGGAGAACUUCCUCACCAAGAGGGGUAGCUCUUGAAAUCCUGUCCCCACAGGGGCUGUAGGGAAUCACUUGUUAAAUAGGUUGGACCUUUAGAUAUUAGAAAAAAAAUCAAGAGUCAAGUUAUUUGCAGGGAUGGUUUAAAGCUAAUCACCCGUCGAGGACACAGCCUCACAAUACCAGGACAUCCCUUUAGAACAGAGAUGAGGAUGAAUCUCUUUAGCCAGAGGGUGGCGAAUCUAUGGAAUUCAUUGGCACAAACUGCUGUGGAGGCCAAGUCAUUGAGUAUAUUUAAAGCGGAGGUUGAUUAGUCAUGGCAUCGAAAGUUAUGGGUAGAAGGAAGGUGAAUGGGGUUGAGAGGGAUAAUAAAUUAGCCCUGAUGGAAUGGACUCAAUGGGCCAAAUGGUCUAUUUUAUUCCUAUGUCCUAUGGCCUUGUCUUAUUGAGUGGCAGAGAAGGUAUGACAGGUACCUGACAACAAGAAGCUCUUUCUUGUGUUCGUCCUUCCAGGGAAUCCCAUUCUCAGAGUGUGAAUGGUCCCUGAUGCUUCAACUUGUAAAUCAAUCUUAAACUCAUCAAAUUGGAGCCACAGUGAGCCAAGGCAGGGAUAUUCCCUGCACAUUUGGAAAUCUAAGAUGAUCCACUUGAUUCUCCGCACCCCAUUCCUAAUGCUGAAAUAAUGCUGCUGCUAUCAUCUUUAUAUUUAUUCAUACCCUGUCUUAUUGCUCAGUCUGAAAGACGUAAUUGGCCAGUCAGGUACCAGGUUGCUUUCCUGCAUUGUUACACUGUCGAUGAGUUCUUCACUUCUCCCUCCACAUGGAACAUUCACUUUGUGCACUGUACUUCAACACCCGAGAUAUGUAAAACCUUUCUUGGGGCUAGUGAACACUUUGUCUACUGUAAGGUUAAUUUGGUCUUUUUCCAAACUCAUUUGCAAUAGCAUGCUCUAAGUGCAAACCUGCUGAACACAAACAACUUUAUGAUGAUUGUUUAUAGAACAGAUGUUGAAGAUUGUUUGCUUAAGGUUGAAGGCAGGUGGUUUGUGUGACAAGUACGCAGGAUGAAGAUGGUUUGCGUGACGAGUACGCAGGAUGAAGUUGGUUUGUGAGACUGGUGUGCAAGUUGAAGACGGGUGGCUUGCGUGACUAUCAGACCAUAGGGCGUAAGAGCACAAUUAGGCUAUUCAGCCUAUUGAGUCUGCUCUGCCAUUCCAUCAUGGCUGAUCCCAGACUCCACUGACCUGCAUACACCUGCCUUCUCUCUAUAUCCUUUGAUGCCCUGACCGAUCAGAAAACUAUCAACUUCUGCUUUAAUUAUACCAACGGACUUGGCCUCCACCUCAGUAUGUGGCAGAGCAUUCCACAGCUUCACUAGACUCUGGCUAAAAAAUUCCUCCUUACCCCUAUUCUAAAGGGUCACCUUUCAAUGUUGAGGCUGUGCCCUCUAACUCUAGACACCACAGGAAACGUCCUUUCCACAUCCACCCUAUCUAGUCUUUUCAACAUUUAAUAAGUUUCAAUGAGAUCUCUCCAGAUUCUUCUGAAUUCCAGUGAGUACAGACCCAGAGCUGCCAAACACUCCCCAUAUGUUAACCCCUUCAUUUCCAGAAUCUUUGUGAACCUCCUCUGACUAGCGUCUUGUAAAGCCUCAGCGUUAUUUCCUAUUCUUUUUUUAUAUUCUAUUCUCCUUGAAAUAAAUGCCAGCAUUGCAUUUGCCUUCUUUACCAGAGACUCAACCUGUAAAUUAACUUUCUGGGAAUCUUGCACGAGGACUGCUAAGUCCUCUGCCCCUCUGAUGUUUGAACCCUCUCUCCAUUUAGAUAACAGUCAGCAUUAUUGUUCCUUUUAUCAGAAUACAUUAUCAUACAUUUCUCAACAGUGUAUUCCAUCUGCCACUUUUUUGCCCAUUCUUCCAAUCUGUCUUAAGUCCUGUUGUAAUUAUUAUUGCUUCCUCAGCACUACCUACCUGUCCACCUAUCUUUGUAUUAUCUGCAAACUUUGUCACAAAGCCAUUGAUUCCAUUACUUAAAUCAUUGACAAACAACGUGAAAAGUAGCAGUCCCAAUAUUGACCCCUAAGUCACUGGCAGCCAAUCAGAAAAGGCCUCUUUAUUCCCACUCGCUGCCUCCUUCCUGUCAGCCAUUCCUCUAUCCAUGCCAGUAUCUUUGCUGUAACGCCAUGGGAUUUUACCGUGUGCGCAGGUUGAAAGUGGUUUGCGUGGCUGGUGGGAGGGUUGAAGACAGGCGGUUUGGGUUACUGCGUUCAUCUGGUCCACAGUACCAUGUGCCUGUUGCAGCUCGGAAGAGAGAGAGGUGAAGUGGUAACAAUUGAAGAAGGGAGGAGGUAGCGGGGGGGACUGAGAAAUUUUGUGCUGUAACUGCUGCUUUGCUCGUUGCACAGAUACUGGGAUCAGUGUGUGGUUAUUGAGCUAAAGGAAGUUACAGUAGUAGGUAGAACGUGAAGUUGGUGGGGCUAGUUGAGCUGACCGGUGACCAAACCUUGUUCUGUAAAGUAUGUGAGCAAAGUUCUUCCCCAGAAGCUGAAAUAAAGUGUGGUAAAAUGAGUGACCAUCCACAACGGUGUUUAUGGGAUGUGGAUUAAAGUCUGUGUGAUUUUUUUUUAACACAAGAAAUACUGCAGAUGCUGGAAAUCUUUAGCAACACGUACAAAAGAGGAGCUCAGCAGGUCAGCCAGCGUCUCUGGAGAGAAUAAGCAGAUGACCUUUUGGGUCGAGACCCUUCAUCAGGACUGAAAAAGAAGGGGGCAGAAACCAGAAUAAAGUGUUGUUUUUAAGUUGCAGGGGAAAUCGUGCCAAUGUCAUCGGGACAGAGGUCCAGAGGUUCUCAUGAAACGUGGAGGAACCAAGGGAGGGUGAUGCAGUACGAUGAGGUCCCUCGAGAAAGCCAGCGUUCCCACCCUCACCUGGAAGAGAAUGUCAGUGCGCCUGGUGCAAAGUUGUUGAAGGAUUGUGAUUUAGCAGUGAGUGCAGACCCCCUUCCACCCCCCGCACUGCCUCUGCACCCACCCGUCGGCCCUGAGUUCUAUCCAGAUGAAGCUGAUGAGCCGGUGACUUCCCUGGAGCUGAAGCCGGUGCGGCGUUUUAUCCCAGAUUCUGUGAAGAACAUGUUCAAAGGGAAAAAUGACAAUCCGCAGGGGAACAUGGCUUUUAGCAAUACCAGCGACAGAGUGGAGUGCUCACCACCUGCCUCCCCCACACCUUCUGCUAAAGAAUAUCUCAGGCUGGAAGGGCAGGCAUCCGGCACUAGCUCUUACCGGGAUCCUUACGGAGGAUCGGGGGGAAGCUACAACUCUCGGAAAGAGGUUGAGUCGAUGCUCCCUCGCGACCCCUACGAUUCACUGGAUCGCCACACUCGCACUGUCCAGAGCUACAAUGACAAAGUCCAAGAGUACAACCUGAAAUACUCCUACAUGAAGUCCUGGGCUGGCUUGCUGCGGAUCCUGGGCGCCAUUCAGCUGCUGUUUGGGGCCGCUGUAUUUGCCUGUGUCUGUGCUUACAUACAUAAAGACAACGAAUGGUACAAUAUGUUUGGGUACUCCCGGCCGUACAGUCACGCUGCCAACAGCUUGCAAGGAGGAUAUUACUACGAUGGGCCAAAGACACCUUUUGUUAUUGUCGUUGCAGGCUUGGCGUGGGUGGUGACCAUCAUCCUCCUGGUGCUGGGGAUGUCCAUGUACUAUCGCACCAUCUUACUGGAUUCCAACUGGUGGCCACUGACCGAGUUUGCCAUUAACAUCGUUCUUUUCAUCCUCUUUCUGGCUGCCGCUAUCGUGUACCUCAACGAUAUGAACCGUGGCGGCCUGUGCUAUUAUCCUCUCUUCAACACCCCACUGAACUCGACGUUUUGCCGUGUCGAGGGAGGGCAGAUCGCUGCGGUCAUCUUUCUCUUUGCCACCAUGUUCCUGUAUCUCAUCAGCUCCAUUGUCUGUCUGAAGUUGUGGAGACACGAGGCAAAGAGGAGACACCAAAACUACACUGAGUUUGAGCUGAGAAAUACAGAAGCGGAGACAUCCACAGAAACGGCAUGGCAAUCUAAAGAGAAGUCUGUUGUAACCAACCCAAGUCACAAGGAGCAACAGCCAGUAGAAAAGAAACCGGCUGUGCUAAGUGGGUCCAUUCCUGCGGGCCACAUUCCGAAACCCCUCAUUAUGGCAGACUAUCUGGCUAAGUACCCGACUAUUAGAACGCCUGAGGAGCGGGAACGCUACAAAGCUGUAUUCAACGACCAGCAUGCGGAAUACAAAGAACUUCAUGCAGAGGUGCAAGCCACUCUGAAGAAAUUCAAUGAGAUGGAUGCCAUGAUGAGCAGACUCCCUCAGCACGCAGGAUCCCAGCAGGAGUAUGACAGGAUUGCAAAUGUUUUCCAUGAAUAUCAGAAGAAGAAAAAUGAUCCCACUUUCCUGGAGAAAAAAGAACGUUGUGAAUAUUUGAAAAACAAGCUCUCCCAUAUCAAGCAGAGAAUUCAAGAAUAUGACAAGGUCAUGAACUGGAAUGAUAACUGUUAAGGAGCUGACAAAUCUGGAAGAAUCUCAGAACAAGUCGUCCCUGGUCUCUGCAACAACAUUAACCUGAGGCAAAAAUGCAAAUAAACUGCAGAUGCUGGAUAUCUAAAAUAAAAACAGAAAAAUACCAGGAACUAUCGUGAAAUUGGGCAGCAUUCACAGAGGGAGAUACAUGUUAACUACCUCCAGAACUUCAGAGUGUUGCAGUUUCCCCUCCAGAGAUAUUGCCUGCCCUAAUGAAUUUCUAUAGAUUGUUGUCUUUAUUGUAUCUGACUACUGUUUUAUAUUUCAUAAUUACAAAAUCUUACAUUAUUGUACCUUCUGAGAACAUAAAGACCUUUUAAACUUAAUUUAAUCUUUUGUGUUUACAUGUUCCCUCUGGUAUAUGUAUAUAUAACUUUUGAUAUUUUUCUCCUGUUUUAGUUAAUACUUUUAUAUGAAUCCCCUGUUUAUAUUCCAUGUGCAAAAAUAAAAUAGCUGAGAAUUCUUUGUCAGGGCUUCAGUUCAGUCAUCACAGC